AUGGACUUUACAGUUCUAAAUUCAGAGUUCUGUUCUUUCAAAACUGAUUCCGUGGCCGUCAACUGCAUAAGGAGACGGCGGAGAAGCUGCAAGGGAAGCCGUCAACCACCCAAGUCACCGGCAGAUCAAUCCACUGCCACAAAAAGAAGCUCCAGGUUUCGUGGAGUUAGCAGACAUCGAUGGACGGGACGUUUUGAAGCUCACUUAUGGGACAAAGGGUCAUGGAAUCCAACACAAAGGAAGAAAGGAAAGCAAGUUUAUUUAGGAGCUUAUGAUGAAGAAGAAUCAGCUGCUAGAGCAUAUGACUUAGCUGCACUCAAAUAUUGGGGAACCUCCACUUUCACUAAUUUUUCGGUAUCUGAUUAUGAGAAUGAGAUUAAGAUAAUGAAGAGGGUGACAAAGGAGGAAUACUUGGCCUCUUUAAGAAGGAGAAGUAGUGGUUUCUCUAGAGGUGUAUCCAAAUAUCGAGGAGUUGCGAGACACCAUCACAAUGGGAGGUGGGAAGCAAGAAUUGGAAGAGUAUUUGGCAACAAGUAUUUAUACCUUGGAACUUACGGUACACAAGAGGAGGCAGCGAGGGCAUACGACAUAGCGGCAAUCGAAUAUAGAGGCCUCAACGCAGUGACCAACUUCGAGUUGAGCAGCUACAUAAGGUGGCUUAAGCCAAACCCAAUGCAGCCUUCUCCACCAUUGUCCUUUUCAAUUGAUACCAAUACUACGAGUAAUAACGCAUUUACUCCGACUGCCCCACGAACGUCCCCUCGCACGGCCCUUGGCCUUCUCCUCAAGUCGUCCCUCUUCAAACACCUUAUGGAGAAGAACGUUGUGAACGUCAAUGGAGAUGUCGAAAUGGAAGAGGAGUACCCCAUGGAUGAAGGUAGAGCGCUACUCUCCUUUGUUGAACCUAAUCCGUACUUGCACUUGCAAUAUUCAUGUCAAGGAACCACCAACUUGUCACUCUCUACCCCUUUUCAUUACUCCGCUUUGGCUUGA